AUGGUCGUCUACUCCUUCUACAUCUUCGACCGCCACACGGAAUGCAUCUACUCAAAAACCUGGCUCCCCGCCGAGCGCCCGCCAUCCCAACAACCUCCCUCAUCAGCCGGAACGGGCGCCGCACCACCACCAUCACAGCAGCUCGGCCGCCGUAGCCAGGUGAACUCGGCCAAGGACGACGCCAAGCUCAUCUUUGGCACGGUUUUCUCCCUCCGCAACAUGGUCCGCAAGCUCGGCGGGGACGACCACGCCUUUAUCAGCUACCGCACCUCGGCCUACAAGCUCCACUACUACGAGACGCCCUCGAACCUGCGCUUCGUCAUGCUUACUGAUACGGCGACGCUGAUCGUCAAGAACCCCCUUGCACCAGCCGAACACAAGGGUGGCGAAGGCGUCAAGAACGAACUUUUCGAGCUGGGUCUGGAUCAGUUCGUCAGGGGCUUGAUGUGA